AAGUCUUUCAUCGAACACCUUUCCUUCAUUACUCAGUCUCCUCUGCUCUUGCUCAAGUUAAUGGCUUCCACCAUGGCGCUCUCUUCCCCAUCUUUCGUCGGCAAGCCUGUCAAGCUCGCUCCCUCGCUUUCCGACGCCCUUGGCGGUGGCGGCCGGAUCACCAUGCGCAAGCCGGCCACCAGGCCCAAGCCAGCCGCCGGGGGCAGCCCCUGGUACGGCCCCGACCGCGUCAAGUACCUCGGCCCAUUCUCUGGCGAGCCCCCAUCCUACCUAACAGGCGAGUUCCCCGGCGACUACGGGUGGGACACCGCCGGCCUCUCCGCCGACCCCGAGACCUUCGCCAAAAACAGGGAAUUGGAAGUGAUCCACUGCCGGUGGGCCAUGCUCGGCGCUCUGGGCUGCGUCUUCCCGGAGCUCCUCUCCCGCAACGGCGUCAAGUUCGGGGAGGCAGUGUGGUUCAAGGCCGGAUCGCAGAUCUUUUCCGAGGGCGGUCUCGACUACCUCGGCAACCCCAGCCUAGUCCACGCGCAGAGCAUCUUGGCCAUCUGGGCGUCCCAGGUGGUGCUGAUGGGUGCUGUCGAGGGCUACCGGAUUGCCGGAGGGCCGCUCGGGGAGGUGAUUGACCCGCUGUACCCCGGCGGCAGCUUCGACCCUCUGGGGCUCGCUGACGACCCUGAGGCCUUCGCGGAGCUGAAGGUGAAGGAGAUCAAGAACGGCCGUCUCGCGAUGUUUUCAAUGUUUGGAUUCUUCGUGCAGGCCAUCGUCACCGGAAAGGGGCCUCUGGAGAACCUGGCCGACCACCUAGCCGAUCCGGUGAACAACAACGCCUGGGCCUACGCCACCAACUUCGUCCCUGGCAAAUGAGCAACGAACUGAUUGAGCCAAAACGAGGAACUCAUGUGUACUAGUACAUUUAUUUAAGAAUUAGUGCGGAGGAAUGUAAGUUUGUAAUUUAUUUACUCUUUCUUAUGUUCCUUGUUUGUCUCGA